UAGAUUAUUUUUUUAUUUACUUUUCUAUUGAUGUUCCUAUUCCAACCAUCAAGCUAGGUAGGGCCAUCAACUACUACUUCCAUAGCAAUGGCAAUUGGUUUUCCUUGUAUAUAAAUACAUCCAAGAGGAACACUAAGUUCUUCCAAAUUAAACCCACACAUCUCUCGGAUCACCCCAAAGGCCGAAACACCACUUAUAGAGAGUACAGGGGCGACUGAAUUUGCUAAGAACACAUACAGAUAAUACAUACAUAGAUAUGGCUACAAGAAAGAACGUGGCACUUGUUUUUCUAGUUUUAACUGCUGCGGUAGCAGUGCUGCAUGAGGCAGAAGGUGCGUCUCAUACGGUUGGAAACUCCACCGGUUGGACCGUUCCUUCUGGCGGUGCUUCCUUCUAUUCCUCCUGGGCUUCUGGUCUUAGCUUUUCAGUUGGUGAUACCCUAGUCUUCAACUUCUCAACUGGAUCACAAGACGUAGCCAGAGUAUCGAAGGAAGCUUUCUUCCCCUGCAAUUCAACGAACCCCAUCUUUCUUGAGAAAACCGGGCCGGCGAAAAUCACCUUGAAUUCCACCGGAGAGUUUUACUUCAUAGGGACCUUCGACAACAACUGCUUCAGGGGACAAAAGCUAGCAAUCAACGUCACCACAUCUCCGGGACCCACUCCCAGCCCUACGCCCAGAACAAAACCGGAAAACUUCACCGUCGGUGAUAGGUUGGGAUGGGUCGUUCCUCCCCUUGGUGAAAUUGCUUACAUCACCUGGGCUUACGACAAGACUUUUAUCGUCGGAGACCAUUUAGUGUUCAACUUUUAUAACGAAACGGAUGACGUCGCCGUGGUGAGCAAAGAAGCUUAUGACAGCUGCAACACUAGCACUCCGAUGGAGCUGUAUAACAGUAGUCCGGCGGUUAUCAAGCUCACUAGAACCGGGGAGCAUUACUUCACGAGCACCUACGAUUACCGCUGCGACUUGGGUCAAAAACUUGCCAUCAACGUCACCGGCAGCAGCACUGGCGCCACUCCACCUUCCAGCCCGGGCAGCAGUCCAUCUCCAGGCACCGCCAAGCCUCCUUCAAGCCAAGCACCCGGUCCCAGCACCGGAAGCCCUGUGGCGCCAGGACCAUCAAAUGCAGCCCCAAAUAGUAGGAUUUCCGGUGGCUAUAUGUUCAUAGUACUGUUGCCCAUGGCCAUGGGUUUCCUUCAUUGAUUAUAAUUACUAUGUAGUUGCACGGAGAGUACAGCUUGUCGAUCUUGUAGGGGUUGACUUUGUUAUUUUGUAUCUAUAUUUGAAUAACACGUACAUAUUUGUACAUGUAUUAUACGAUGAUGAUCAGUCUCAUGUACUAUGUACUCAUUCGAUCUAUUCAGUUCAUACAUAUAUAAUAUAGAUUAUAUUGAUCUGUUUUUUGUA